AUGGCCGCGCCACACUACCGCAAGAUCGAGCUGCAAACUGCAGCAGACUUCACCUAUCUGUAUGCGAACACAGUCGCGCUCUCACGACAAAAACUGGAUCUGCACCUGCCCCCUUCGGCGACCAACGAUGAUACGCCGGACCCGAUGCGCGAGCGCGUGCGGGAAUUGGUCGACGAUUACAUAAACCGCACCUUCACAACAGCCUCCUCCUCAAUCAGCAUCAACGGGCUAGACUCCUCCUCGCCGGCCUUUCCUUUUCCAGCCGCGUUCACCGCACCCGAGACCGUCGAGUACGAAGCCUUCGACGCGGAGCUCGCCUCGCGCGUGAGCACACUGUACGCCCAGCUCGAGUCUCUGACAACGACCGUUGCACAACUACGCCGCGAAGCACCACGGAAAGCGGCGAAGCAGUAUGCUGCACAGCUGGCGGCGUUGAUCGAGGAGGAAGGGAAGGAGGAUCUGGAGGAUCUGCAGAACGAAAACAUAGAGCAAGAGGAUGAGACGGCAGGGAAGGACGUGGAGGCUAUGGAUGUUGAUCCGGAAUCAGGGUCUGGAUCGGCUGCGAAAGAAACGCGCCCGCGACGCAGCCAUCCCAAUCCGAAAUGGACGCUGGAUGUCCCGCUCGGCACAGAUGAGGAAUCGGAGCGCUGGCGGAGCGGGGAUAUGGCCGAGGUAUAUGAGAAUGCACUGCGGACACUGCAACGGCUGCAGGGUGAGGGUGACGCGGAUGUGGAUGUGGAUGCCACUGAGGCGGGCUCUGAAGGCAAUGCGCUGGCGACGACGGUUGGCAAGGCCGAGCGGGCUGGGCGGGCGGCUGAGGUGGUGGAGAGUAUGUGA